GUUCGCUGCAAGCCCAGGCGCCACCCACAUUCUCCGCCAGGGACCCAGCGUUCUGGCCCCCCCAGUUACUUUACCGACUACAGACCCCCGGGAUCCCAAGCCCCCACCCUGUGCUCCCUGAUGAACCAUGAGCCUCCCCCGCCCUCUGGUUCUCCCAGGGACCCAGACUCCAGCCAUCUCUCCCCUCCUUUCCCCUCCAGGGCCUACCAGCUCUGAGCAGAUCAUGAAGACAGGGGCCCUGUUGCUUCAGGGUUUCAUCCAGGAUCGAGCAAAGCGGAUGGGGGGAGAGACGCCCGAGCUGGCCCUGGAACGGGGACCCCAGGACCCAUCCACCAAGAAGCUGAGCGAGUGUCUCAAGCGAAUUGGGGAUGAGCUGGACAGUAACUUGGAGUUACAGAGGAUGAUUUCUGCCGUCGACACAGACUCCCCCAGAGAAGUCUUCUUCCGGGUGGCCGCCGAGAUGUUUUCUGACGGCAACUUCAACUGGGGCCGAGUGGUUGCCCUGUUCUACUUUGCCAGCAAGCUGGUGCUAAAGGCCCUCUGCACCAAGGUGCCCGAGCUGAUCAGGACCAUCAUGGGCUGGACGCUGGACUUCCUGCGGGAGCGACUGCUGGGCUGGAUCCAGGACCAGGGUGGUUGGGAUGGCCUCCUCUCCUACUUCGGGACCCCCACGUGGCAGACGGUGACCAUCUUCGUGGCCGGUGUGCUCACUGCCUCGCUCACUAUCUGGAAGAAGCUGGGCUGAGACGCCCGAGGCCGCCUUGGACUGUGUCUUUUCUGCAUAAAUUAUGACCUUUGGGGUGGGGUGGAGGACGGGUGGGA